AGUCACGCACGUUACAUCAGUCAGUUGAGUAGCAACCUCGCUAGCCUGCGAACAGUACGCACGGCGCACACGUGCCUUCGCGCCCGUCCCUGUAUACACCGCCGCACUCCGCGCGAACAUUGCUCUCGGUUGCCGAUCCCGACCGGUGCCUCGCUCGCUUUCGACCUAUUAUGUAAUACGAAAAUAAACACCGCGCCUACAGCGAGCACGUGUGCGCACAGGCUGCUUACCUCGCCGUCCACAUCCGACCGCCGACUUGUCUACAUUCCUCACCAUCACAAUCCCCAUGAAACAGUAAUCACAAUUCGCGUCUUCAACCAGUUUUAUGUUACCCACAUCUGUUACACCGGUCGAUCAAUAAUCUCUUUUCGGUCCCUUUCUACAAAGGAGGUGAUUGUGUCAGUGAAAUUGUUCCAAAUCUCUAAUAGUGCAAAAUGUCUAAUUCUAUGGAGCAGCAAUUUGGCGAACUGAGUUUGUCACAGGAAGAUCACGAUCAAAUUUUCGAACAGGAUGACCACCAAGAGCAAAGCCGAUCAAGGAUUCUCAUCAGUGGGCUCCCCCUGCAUGCUCGCUUCGACACCAUCGAGCCCCUGCUCUCACAGUACGGCAACGUGCAGCAUUGCGACAAAGCCAACUCGCGCGAUGCCAACACCCAAUCGGUGUUCAUCACAUUCGAGACCCCGGAACAGGCGCAGCAAGCCAUCAACGGACUGAACGGGUGCGAGGUGGAAGGGGGCCGGAUGAAGGUGGAGGCGGCCGAAGGCAUGGCGCGCGGCGGGCGGCGCGGGCGGCCGGGCGGCGGCCGAGGCGGCGGCGGCGCGCCGGGCAGCGGCGCGCGCCCCACGGACUUCCCGCUGCGCCUGCUGGUGCAGAGCGACAUGGUCGGCGCCAUCAUCGGCCGCCAGGGCAGCACCAUCCGCCUCAUCACGCAGCAGAGCCGCGCGCGCGUCGACGUGCACCGGAAGGACAACGUCGGCUCGCUGGAGAAGGCCAUCACCAUAUACGGCAACCCGGACAACUGCACCAACGCCUGCAAACGGAUAUUGGAAGUCAUGCAACAGGAAGCCAACAACACUAACAAAGGGGAAAUAUGUUUAAAAAUCCUGGCCCAUAAUAACUUAAUUGGUAGAAUUAUUGGCAAAGGCGGCAACACCAUUAAAAGAAUUAUGCAAGAGACAGACACGAAGAUCACUGUUUCGUCCAUAAAUGAUAUCAAUAGCUUCAAUUUGGAGCGAAUCAUUACCGUAAAGGGAUCCAUAGAAAACAUGGCUAAAGCAGAGUCACAAAUUUCGGCUAAACUGCGUCAGAGUUAUGAAAAUGAUUUGCAGGUAUUAGCGCCCCAAAGCAUAAUGUUCCCGGGGCUUCAUCCAAUGGCCAUGAUGUCGACGGGUCGUGGAUUCUGCGGAGCGCCGCCGCCCUUCCCACCUCCCAUCUAUGCGCCGCUGGCCGGCCAAGGUGGCGCCCAGCAGGGAGCCGGAGACUCGCAGGAGACAACUUACCUAUACAUCCCCAAUAACGCGGUUGGAGCUAUCAUCGGCACGAAAGGGUCACACAUUCGCAACAUUAUUAGAUUCAGCAAUGCUUCUGUGAAGAUAGCACCUCUUGAGCAAGAGAAGGGAGCAGAAGCGGCCGCGGCUGCAGGCGCGGGCGCCGCUAACGCCGCGGCGCAGCAAGAACGCAAGGUUACCAUCGUCGGUAGUCCCGAAGCGCAGUGGAAGGCUCAGUACUUGAUCUAUGAGAAGAUGCGGGAGGAAGGGUUCAUGUCUGGUUCCGACGACGUGCGAUUGACGGUGGAGAUCGUAGUGGCGUCCUCGCAAGUGGGCCGCAUCAUCGGCAAGGGCGGGCAGAACGUGCGCGAGCUUCAGCGCGUCACCGGCUCGCUGAUCAAGCUGCCGGAGCAGCCGCAGCCGCCCGCCGCCGCGGCGCAUGACCACGAGACCACCGUGCACAUUGUCGGACCCUUCUACAGCGUUCAGUCUGCGCAGCGGCGCAUCCGGGCGAUGGUGGCGCAGGCCAGCGCGCCGGGCCGCCACCGCCGCGCCGCGCCGCCGCCGCCGCCCGCGCAGCAGUAGACGUCGCACCGCCACACCUCCGCCACAACCGCACGCUGCCCGCCCGACUCCGCCCCGCUCCGCCCCGCCCCACCCCGCUCCCCGUCCCGCCACAUCCAACCCGAGCCUCACGGGCUAACGCGAGCAGUAGUACUACGACGUGCUUUUCACCCUUAAUUUCAAACUGGUGUACUACGACGUGCUUUUCACCCUUAAUUCAAACUGGUGUACUCCGGACUGUUUUUGUGGCAGAGUUGCAAUAGAUGAGCGGCCUCUCCGGCGGACAAAGCUAUGGUUUAUAUAUUGAUGUAUGUCGACGCCACCGUAUCUGAGCGAUACCUUUGUCCCGUCGGUAUGCCGGACGGUUCGGUCAUCUACUUGCGUUGCGAAGGGCGCUGGUCUGUCACAGAUGUCGUACUGCUGCUUGCGUUGGUCGACCACCUGCUGCGCAGCAUCUAGCGCUUUGAUUUGUUGGCAGCCUAAGUUCAAUGUUGUUGUUAACGUAUUAUAUAAACGUAGUGAAUUUUAAGGAAUCAUGAAUUUUAUUCCCGGAUUAAUGUUGAUGACUAAUUGGAUAUAUGCUAUGAAUUUUAUAUAUAUUAUUCAUAUACACAAUUUAUUUUACUAUAGUACCAGUUAUAUAGCAAUUAGCCGGAAUAUAUUUAAUUGUUAUAUUGUUUUCAUACCAUGUUAUUAUAAAUCAUUGUAAAGAGUUUUCCCAGAAUGCAAUAGUUGCCCUUAUGUUCUCUUACAUAUACACAUGUUAGUAGCAAUAGGUUAGAGUACAGCACCAUUAUUAUACAAACGAGAUGUAUUACAUAUUUUGUUUUGUUAUAAAGUAAUAGAUUAAUCUGUUAAAGCACUACAAUGUAAUGUUGAUAUUAUUCUGAAGGGUGUGUGGGUUGCGAACACCGAUCACGAAGGAGAAACACGACAUCGCUUUACUCACGAGGCUCAACGAGAUAUCGGAUGCUUAGCGACUGAUGUAGGGAUCGAAUAGACCACCUGCGACCCAUGUAGGGUCGCCAGUCGCCGAUUGACUGCCGGCGGCAGGACAGCUCGCAGACGGCGGGGAGGGGCUGUCCUGCACGAAUAUAUUCGAUGAAUUAAAUAUUUUUGAUAUAGUAGUCAUCGUUGGACGGUAAGAACUAAAAGGUACGAGUUUUAAUUUGUAAGUGUCAUUUGUUGAUCGUUUUCUUAGUAAUUUUGUGUUUGUUAGCUUUACGACGGUUCCCUGUAUCGAUGCGACCGUGGGCGAUCUGCUCGGCGUGCCGCGCCGGCCAGGGCGUGCCGCGCCGGCCAGGCGGGCGCGGCACGCUGCGGUCGUUCGGUUCCACGCACGAUACGCGAGUGUACGAUUUGCGUUAAUUGUGCCAAGUGAGAUAUUUAAAUAUGAGAGAUUAAGGUUAAGUGAAUGAUAUCAAAAUUGAUGGGAAGCUUAGAUAUUUAUAUUUAUAAAUGUGAUAAUAAUAUAUGGAAGUUUGGCAAAAAGUGAGUAUGUUUUACAUUCUGUUUCCAUUAUCUCGACUCGAGACUAGAGUAUAAAGUAGCGUAAGGUCGCCAGCACAGAGGCCGCCCGGCGCGUCAGGCCGCCGGCCGCCACCCGAGCGCCGCCUGUACACUUCCACAUAUUAUUGAAGAUUAUCUCGCUUUUGGCAUUCAAUUUCCACCGAAUGUACCGUUACCGAACGAUAUAGUGAUGUGCCCAUUUAAUUCCGUGUGAGAUCAGUUGCGGCUAAAACACUUGUAGUAAUGCAGAUCCAUUCCAUGCGAGUUACGUGCUCUAUCGUUCUGCAUAUCAACGCAUGUCAGUCAUUAUUUAGGAUAUUUUACAAUUGAAAAAUUUGACUAAUCAUCAAUCAAUUAAUUUAAUGAAUUAUCAGAAAUUUUUGGCGCUCGUGCUCUAUCGUUCUGCAUAUCAACGCAUGUCAGUCAUUAUUUAGCAUAUUUGACAAUUGAAGAAUUUGACUAAUCAUCAAUCAAUUAAUUUAAUGAAUCAUCAGAAAUUUUUGGCGCUAUGUGUCUAAACUGAUUUUAACUGUAAUUUUGCGCCACAUUAUGUUAUCGUAGACUUAAGAUCAUUUUGCUUCUUUGGAACAGGCUGAGUAUACUGGUCUGCAAAAAAAAAUUCCCCUCAGGUGUACUAUGCUUGAUUGUGAUAGAUUUGAAAGCUCUGAAUCCAAAUAUAGCAAUAAAAAUAUUAUGUCGUAAACUUUUGAUGCAGUGGAUGAAUAUUUUUGUUCUCAUUUGAAAAAUUCGAAUAUUUUUAAAUUUACAGUCGACAAGGGGUCUUAAAUAUCAAUAUUAAACCUUAUGUUCAAGUGUUAAGGUUUAUAAUAACUGAUGAAGUUGAUGAUAACCUUUUUCUACAUUUCGUAAUAAGAAACAGAUGGUAUAUGAGUGUUAACCAGGCCACUUGAGCUAUUUCAUUUUGUUUGUGAGCCUUGUCUACACCUACCUAUAAGUCCAUGGGUUUUAUAGUUACAAAUACGACUUAAACUGUGUAAAUUCAAAAUAAAAUUCAACAAGGAUACUGAAUUUCAAAUAAUUAAAAAAAACAAAGAUAUCUAAUACAUGACAGCAAAAAAUGCAAGCAAAUAUGGAUUCAGGAUGUUUUAAACUUCAUGUUCAUGAUAUUUUUGAAGGAGGCUUUUGUUGCAGACCGGUGUUAUAUUAUUAGGUCCUCUUUAGCCUAAGUUUUCCAAUACUUUUGUAAACAGGUGCCCUAUCGUGUAAACGAUGGUUUUUUAGUUUUUUUUUUAAAUAUAUUAAUCAUAUUAUAGGUGUUUUACGUUUCUAUGAAAUAGUAACCAUGUUUACACGAAGCGGCCUCUGCUGCACUUCAUUAGCUGCUCAGUUACCAUUCAAUCCGAAAGCAUCUAGCGUUUGGUAAGUGUACGGCUAAUAUAAAUGUUAUUGACUGCACCGCUUAAUUGCAAAGGGCAAGUUAUGAAAUAAUCAUAGGGUUUUGCAUGAAAUCUGUAAUCAAGGUAGACCCUACCGAGGGUCAGGUUUAGCAUUACCGGCUGACCAGCGGUCGUUUAACAAAUGAUCAUUUAAAUAUGUAAUUGUAAUACUACCUACAUUAGUUAGGUACAUGUCUCUUUUUAGACAUGUAGCUAAUUCAGUUGAGAACAGCCAAUUGUAACAAUCAAGGACAAGUGCGCGAGCGUGUCGGCUGUUUCGUGCAUGAACUGUUAGCUGUCUGCGGCCGCUUGACAGCCAACGGAGGAGGAGUGUACAUAUAGGCAUGUCGUUAUCCUUCCACGCGAGAAUAUCGAAAUGUGGAGGACGUUUCGAUAUCGUAAUGUGUUAGGAAGCAGAAAUUAAUAGUUUUAGUUUAUUAUCAUAUUUUGUUGUGACGUAAGUUAAGUCGAGGCGGGCGCGGGCGCGCGGCCUGAGACUGAACUACAUCGCCGCGACGCCCGCGCUUCGCCGUCUGCAUGUCAUUGUCGCAGGUAAUAAUGUUUAUCAUUCUUGUUUGAUGGUUCUAUUGUUAAACGAUUACAAUAUUCAGUUUCGUGUGUGUAAUCAAUAUUUUGUGUAUUUGGCGUGUGAUUGUCUGAAUUUAUUCAAUUUUAUUUUAUGAUCUUGAUUGCAUUUUAAAAAUAAUAUUUUAAAUGCAUUUUUAAAAAUGAUAUUUUAACGCGAAUGAUCCGUAUGAAUAAUGAGAUGUGCGCGCGGCGAGCGCUACCCGAGGAGCUGUUGAUUGUUGCUUCUCAAAUACAUAUUCUAAAUGUAAUAAUUCCUAAUGAAAUUGAUACGAUGAACUGUGCGCGGUCGAGAGCGCCGCCGCCGCGCCGCCGGCGAGCGGCGCCCGAGGAGCUGUUGAUUGUUGCUACUCAUCUCACUGAGUCCAAUAACAGUUAGUUACUUUUUGUUGCUUCUGUUUUUACAGUGUAACUGGAAUUUCUUACAUGUUCCACCAAAAUUUAUUUGAUUUUACUGUUAUUUUAGAACCAUUUUUUAAUUGGUAUAAGUUCAGAAACUAAUAACUACCUCAAUAUUACUAAAUGAAUAUGAUAAUUAUUAUCUUUGUGCAUGUUUUGGGAACUGAAUUUAAAAAUUACAAAAAUUCAAUAUAAUAUAAUAUUAUAAGAAUGCUAUUAUAUAAACAAUAAUGGAAUUGUCAAAUUUAGGUUUCUUAACGUAAUAAAAAUUAAUGAUUA